AUGUAUCGACAGAUGAAAUCUUGUUUCGCAGCGGGCAAUUUUAAUCUGCGGAAAUGGGCUACCAAUAGUCCAGUAUUGAUGGCUCAGAUUCAGAAUGAUGAGGAAGUAUUAAAGUCACUAACCACAGAGCGUUUGAACAACACCGGUGAAAGUUCAUAUGCUAAAGAGUCGAUUGGCGGUCUGGAAGAAAUAGAAACCCCGAAGGAACAUAAGGUACUUGGGAUGAAUUGGGAUACUGACAGUGAUACUUUUGUUUUAAAGUUAACAAAAGUUGUUCAAUUUGCAAGAAAUUUAGAGCCGUCAAAACGGAACGUUUUAAAGAUAGCAGCAAAACUGUUUGAUCCACUCGGACUUCUCUCGCCAGUUACUGUCUUGCUGAGAAUGCUUCUACAAGAAUUGUGUGCAGCUAAGUAUGAAUGGGAUGCAGUCAUAUCAGAAUCCAAUCAGAAGGUGCUCGAGAAAUGGAUUGAUGAUUUAGAGACGGUGAGUUCUAUAGUUGUACCUAGAUAUUACUUUUUGGCAGAGGAGAGGAAUCCUGCAAGUGUGACUCUUCACGGAUUUGGAGAUGCUUCCCAAAAAGCUUGUUGUGCUGUCAUUUAUAUAUGCAUGGAAACAGACAGUGGCCGCACAACAAAUCUUGUUGCCUCGAAAAGUAGAGUCACCCCAUUAGCACCAAUGUCUAUCCCUCGACUUGAGUUAAUAGCAGCAUUGAUAUUAGCACGUCUCAUGUCAGUUGUUAAAGAGACUCUAAGCAAAAUCUUUAACAUCACGGAGACCACUUGUUGGACGGACAGCUCCACUGUCCUUCACUGGAUUAAGGGUAAGAAGGAUUAUAAACAAUUUGUACAAAACAGAAUCGACGAAAUUCUACGAUUAACUGAUUCAGAAACUUGGAGAUUUUGCCCAGGUUUAGAAAACCCAGCGGAUAUUGGUUCUCGUGGACAGAAGGCCUCAGAACUAGCACAAAAUGAUUUAUGGUGGAAAGGCCCGCAAUGGUUAACACUUGAUCCCUCUGCAUACCCAAAUCGUGAGUUUGCACAAAGUGAUGUAGAACUCUCCGAAGAGUGCAUGAAAGAAUGUCGCGUUAAAUUACCUACCAAAAGGAAUACCACAGUGGUUAAUGUGACAAAUGUUAGUGAAACACAUCCACCAGAAACAGUCGGUUCAACAAAAAUCUCAGAGAUAAUAGACCACAAGUCUUACAGUAGCGUAACCAAGUUGUUUCGUGUUACAGCGUGGGUUAAGAGAUUCAUUAGAAAUCUCAAAACGAAGAAAGCCUGUGGUAAAAUUGAUCCAUUGUUAAAGCCAAAUACACUCACUAUUGAGGAAAUUGAUGAUGCAGAGAAAAUUUGGAUCAGAGAAAUACAGGAACGUGUGAAGAAACAGAAGAAUUACCAAGAUCUGACCAACCAACUCGGACUUUAUGCCGAUAAAGAUCACAUUAUCAGAUGUAAAGGAAGAAUGGAAAAUGCAUCUACUGACGUGGAAACAAGGAGCCCAAUUCUCUUGCCGAGAGAUCACAGCAUUUCUCAAUUGAUCGUGGAGUCCUGUCACAAGAAAGUCAAGCAUGGAGGAAUAAAAGAGACACUAACAGAGUUAAGGAGUAAAUAUUGGAUUCCAAAAGGUCGUCAAUUGGUUAGAUACACUCUUAACCGAUGUGUAAAGUGUAGGAAAGUCCAUAGUGUACCAUUUAAACCGGUUAAACAAGCCAGUUUACCAGAACAUAGAGUCAAGGAAACAGCAGCCUUUACACAUGUGGGGGUCGAUUUUGCUGGACCUUUGUUUGUAAAAACUAGCGACCCUAAAAAGCAGAUGAAGAAGACAUAUAUAUGUCUAUUCACAUGUUCUACCUCAAGAGCUCUACAUUUGGAACUAGUACAUGACUUAUCAACUACAGCUUUUAUUCGAUGUUUAAGACGUUUUAUAGCAAGGAGAGGAACUCCAGUAUCCAUUACAUCGGAUAACGCUAAGACCUUUAAAAAGGCAGAUAAGGAACUUGCGGAAUUGUUCAAAGAUAAGAAACUGGAAGAGUUCUUGACAACUGUUAGGAUCAAAUGGAACUUCAUAUUGGAACGUGCCCCAUGGUGGGGUGGAUACUAUGAACGUAUGGUACAGUUAGUUAAGAGGAGUCUACGUAAAAUACUCGGAAAUGCGAGAUUAACAUUUGAAGAGUUAACCACGGUGUUGACAGAAGUUGAGGGAUCACUCAAUUCUCGCCCAUUGACUUACGUAUAUUCGGAAUUGUCUGAUGGAGAACCAUUGACACCAUCACAUCUCGUAAUCGGAAGGCGGAUAUCAACAUUACCAGAUCCAGAGGAAUUUAGUGACAGUGAGGAAGAUAGUAAUGCAAUUGUACGGAGACAACGAUACUUGAGUCAAUUGUUGCAGCACUUCUGGAAGAGAUGGAACAAGGAGUACUUAGCUGAUCUACGGGAAUUUCAUCGAAAUAUUACAUAUACCAACAAUACGGUUCCGGAAGUAGAAGUUGGGGAAGUAGUUCUUGUGCAAGGAGAAGGUCUACCUAGGAGUCAAUGGAAGAUCGGUAGAGUUGAAGCUUUGCUUAAAAGUAAAGACGGUGAAGUACGAGGUGUAAAGUUACGAGCGUUGAAUAAGAAAGGGAAACCAAUCGUAUUACGACGUCCAAUUCAAAAACUUGUGCCAUUAGAGAUCAAGGAAGAAAGAAAAAACGAGGACAGUAAGGAGUCAAAACAAGAUGCAGACAUUCAGAAAGAAGAAAAACCAACAAGACAAAGGAGAAUAGCGGCAAUAAACGUAGACUUGAAAAGACAGUCCAUGAUUGACCAGUUGUGA